GAAUCAUAAAUACAGGAAGAGCAACAGAAAGUUUUUUGGCCCAUAAGGAUGUUUUAUACACCAUAGUUUUCAGGAAUCUGUAUAUGAAAAAAAAAUUAAAAAUGGAUUAUGACUUCAAGAUGAAAGCCACAGCAGAACGAACAAAAGUUGAAGAUUUAUUUGAAUAUGAAGGAUGCAAAGUAGGUAGAGGAACGUAUGGUCACGUGUACAAGGCUCGUCGGAAAGAUGGUUCUGAUCCUAAGGAUUAUGCCUUAAAACAAAUAGAAGGGACUGGAAUUUCAAUGUCAGCAUGCCGAGAAAUUGCAUUACUCAGAGAACUAAAACAUUCAAAUGUCAUCCACCUACAACGUGUAUUUUUGUCUCAUGUAGACCGCAAAGUAUGGUUGUUAUUUGACUAUGCUGAACAUGAUCUUUGGCACAUAAUUAAGUUCCAUCGAGCAGCAAAAGCGAACAAAAAGCCUGUAGCCACUCCAAAGGGAAUGGUUAAAUCUCUUCUAUAUCAGAUCCUUGAUGGGAUUCACUAUCUCCAUGCCAACUGGGUUCUUCACCGGGAUUUGAAACCAGCCAACAUUUUAGUAAUGGGUGAAGGUCCUGAAAGAGGUAGAGUAAAAAUAGCUGACAUGGGCUUUGCUAGGCUUUUCAACUCGCCUUUGAAACCUCUGGCUGACCUUGACCCUGUUGUAGUAACUUUUUGGUACAGAGCACCUGAACUUCUCCUUGGAGCUAGACAUUACACAAAAGCUAUAGAUAUAUGGGCCAUAGGUUGUAUAUUUGCAGAACUUCUUACAUCAGAACCUAUAUUUCACUGCCGACAAGAAGAUAUCAAAACUAGUAAUCCAUAUCAUCAUGAUCAACUUGAUCGAAUAUUUAAUGUCAUGGGAUUUCCUCAAGAAAAAGAUUGGGAAGAUAUUAAGAAAAUGCCUGAACAUGGAACAUUGUUAAAAGACUUCAAGAAGACCCAGUAUUCCAGUUGUUCAUUGGUAAAGUACAUGGAAAAACACAAAGUGAAACAAGACAGUAAAGCAUUCUUGUUGCUGCAGAAGUUGUUACUAAUGGACCCUACCAAAAGAAUAACAUCAGAGCAGUGUCUUCAAGAUCCAUACUUUAUGGAAGAUCCUCUUCCAACUCAAGAAAGGGAGGCUGUAACCUGGAGAUAUAACCUGACCUACCAUUGGAGGACACUGCUGUCAACCUUUAUGCACAAGGUGCAUCUUUACAACUAUAUAUUCCAUGGACAGACCAGAUGUUAUCUUCAUUGGAAUGACAAAGAACAAAGUGUUUUUGCUGGGUACCUCAUUCCAUAUCCCAAAAGAGAAUUUUUGACAGAUGAAGAACAAGAAGAUAAGUCAGAUAACAGUAAAACUACAGCAGUGAACAACCAGGGUAAUCAAGAUAACAACAACCAUGGACCAAGUGCCAAACGUGUACGGAUGGCUCCACCCCCAGCAACCACAUCUACAACAUCUACUAAUCAGUCACAUGGUUUGGGGGGUGGUGUACAACAAAGUCAACCUACUAUGCCUUUCACAUCGGCAGCCAACAACCCACAAACUGCGGGAGCAGCAGGAUUUCCACAGCAUUUCUAGUCCUCAUCAUCUGUGAUAAAUAAUUUGCUUCCAGUGCUCGGGUUCAUUGUCAAUGGGAGGGUUUAAAGGUCAUAUUAAGAAACAUUCCUAUCCGUAUGAAGGUUUGUUCUAAAUAUACUAGAUAUGUUCAACAUAUCUAAUAAUCCAUAAAAAAGGCAGUGUAAGAAAAUAAAAAGCAGAAAGUAGUGAAGUAAGACAUUGAAAACUAAGAUCUGUUUCAUAUUAUGAACUGAGAAUUUGUAAAGAUGUGUAGUUGAGUUUCUAUUUUUUUUAAUUGUUAUUUUAAUGUGAAAAUUCUACAAUGUAAAUAAAACAGUAGAAAGCUGCCUAAAUGGGUGGUUGUGCUUCAUAAAAUGAACACAGUUUUAUAUCUUAAUUUAUGUUGGUAAUCAAACUUAAUUAAUUUUUCUGCUAGAAUAUUUCAAAAGAAGUGAAUAAUGUCAUUUUUGAAAUGAGACAAAAUCUGAGCUUGGUUAACCAAACUAAUCUUCAGUUGACAAGAAUUUUAACCUGAUUUUCAAGAAUCACUUUUGACAUGCAUUCUGAUUAUAAAGUCUUUGUUGAAGACAGUUAUCUCAGUAUUACAUAUUCAGAAUUUGUUAUUAUGAUUCUGUAAAUCUAUCUGAAAUUUAUAUAUACAACUACUGAGCUAUGGUGAAAGAGGGAAUUAAAAAGUAUUAAGAUCUGUCAACCAAACCAGGUUUGUUCAGUUACUUGAAAUAUAAUUUUAUGAGUUUAAAAAUAUGUAUUGUAUAAUUAUGUGUAAAGAAUAUACAAAAAUUGAAUGUUCUACCAUCAUGAACUUUUUAUUUCAUCCAUGUCCAAAUAAUGUGUCUUUACAAUUGCAUGAGAAUAUUUAAUUCAGAAAUUUGAAAUUUGUUAAAAAUUGUGGAUACCUUAUUAAGAUGAUUGUUAUUAUGUAAAGCUGUGAUGUUUUAAAGAGGGCUACUGUAAAGAAAUUUGAGCAAUUUAGUAGUUAGAUGAGCUAAAAUAAUACUGAGGAUUAUUUGCACAUUAUAAGAAUGAUGUUGUAGGUCCCUGCUGCUUUUGGAACUAUUUUCUUUAUCAUUCAGUCUAUCAAGUCUUAUGGCCAUGGUAAUAUAUUGUUGUCUGAUACUGUAACAAGCAUAUGCAGAGGAUGGCAAGGUUAGUCUAUAUUUUGAAAAACACAAAAGUCCGUAGAUUAAAUUUGUUUUUUGUUUUUUAAUUGGAGGGUUUUCAUUUGUAACCACAUUGUUUUUUGGUGUGAAUUCAGAGUCCUUUGUGCUGUUCUGAUUGCUCUGGUAAACAUUUUAUUUUUCUUUCAUGGAGAAAAUUGAUGGCCCCCUUCUUCAAAAUGUUUUCAUUGGAUUUAGAUUUCUAUUUAACAAUCUAAUUGUAUGAAUAUCCUUCCUUGAAAGGCACUGUGACAUAUAUUCCAACCACAAGUCUACAAAUGGUGGCAUUGCACAAUCAAAUAUUUGGGAAUUCACAGUGAACCCGAUACAUAGAUGCUAUUCAUGUUACCUGCUGUGCUUUGGUUUGCACCUACAGCAACACAUAUCAACAUCAGCAUGCAGAUAGCACUGAUUUCCUCUAAGACUGACAAGAGAGGUCAUCUGUAUAACAGGAGAUUUGUCAAAAUAUUUACUGUGAAAUAGUUCCGUAUUUUCUGACUGACUGAGUUUGUGAGAAAUAAAGGGAAACUGAACACAACUGUACAAUUACAACUAAACAGUGAUAAACUGUGCUUUAUUUGCCACAAUGUACAAUUGCCUUUACUGGAAAGUUAAGCUUGAAGUUGUUCUAACUUAUUCAGAUGAAGUCGUAAGCAAGUCUAACUUUGUUGAGAUCCCAUUCUAUAUUGAAUAAAUAUUACAUUAUGUAGUUAACUCAUUAAUGUCAGACUUGCACAGAGUGAUUAGUGCCACCCAAAUGACUGGUCACUGGCAAUGAAACAUAAGAAUGGCCAUUACUCCAAGAGAUCACCUGACUGCCAGUAGAAAAGACAACUGGUAACUUUGUAUACUACAGAUCGCCUUAUUGAAAUUUAAAAAAAGGUACUACUCUAGGUAGAUAACACAGAACAAUAGGUAGCAAGAGCAAAAGGAAAUUGGCAGCUGUCUUUACCAUAGAAGUCUAAAGAUGCUGUUGUAGGUGAAUCACACAGAGAAAUAGGAAGUUAGAGCAAAUGAAACUUAAUGACUUUCUUGACCGACGUGUUAUGUGGAAACUGCAAAUACCAGCACAAAUAAGUUUUGAAAAAUUCCUGUGUUAAUUCAGGGAGGUAGAAAACAUAUGGUAUGUUUAUAUACCACAGGAAAUCAUUCUUAUAAAGUGUAUUUAACCAUCCAUAUAGCUGAAGUAAAUGUUUCAAAAAAUCAUGUUUUCCCUUUUACCAAGUGUAAAAAGUAAAUCUAUUUAUUGUAGACUUUCAUCAUAGUACAAAUAAUAGUAUGGAAGUUUCACUAGCAGUAUUUUUUGUAUCUUUUUUAUUUCAUCACAUUGUGUACAACAGAGUUCUUCUCAAAAAUUGUUCUAUUUUAUAAGAGUUGAAAAGUUUUCAUGGUCAAAGGUACAAAAGAUAAUUUUUAACAACUAAUUGGAAAACUAGUACUAAUAACUCAAACCAGACACACUAUGG